UGAUGGCUUAGUAUAGUAGUAUGAUGACAAGGAGUAUAAUAAUAAUUAUUUAAAUCAUUAUAUUUGUGCCCUCUAAGAAUACCAAAGAGAAGAAUUCUAAUUGCAUCCAAAACAUGAUUGUCUUUUGAUAAACAAUUGAUAAUGAGAUUUCAAUCCUCUAAAGUGUAAAGUGAGAAAAUCAUGAGUUGUUGUAUUAACAAAUUCAUUAUUUGUUAUGAUGUACCUACAAUAUCUACAUGUGAAUUAUUGUUUUUGUUCUAUUUAUAAGCCCUUUGAUUGUUAAUUAAUGGUUGAUAUUAGUACACUCUAAAGUGAAUUGCUCACUUUAGAGGAGUCAAAUCCUUAAUAAUGGUAUAUUAAGCUCAUAAAAAAAUAAUAACAGUAUAUUAAAAUUUGCAUAGGAGAUGAUAUACAUGAUGGUUGAGCACAUCGUCACUCUCCCUCUCUCCAUUAGUUAAAGUACAAUUCUACGUUAAGAACUCCGAAUUUGAAGUCUUUUCUGGACUAUAUUCAAAAUUAUUAAGAUUUGUUUCUUGAAUUGUGAAAUUGUGUUUCCUCGAUAAAGUUUGUAGUAUUCGGUAUGUGAUUUGUUGCACGAGUAGCUGUUCAAAUUGAUCUUAAGACCUCCGCAGAUAUCAAUACUUGAUCAUAAGUUAUUUUGUUUGGUGCAUCAAAAGGGUGGUGUUUUUAAGCUGAUUUUUAUGGGGACUAAGGAGGAUAGCACAACUAAACCUUCUAAAUCAUCUUCAUCAACUCAGGAGGUACCAACAGUACCACCACCAUAUCCAGAUUGGUCGCAGGCCUACUAUAAUCCCGGAGCUGCUCCGCCUCCCUAUUAUGCCUCAACUGUUCCUCAGCCAACCCCCCAUCCGUAUAUGUGGGGAAGCCAGCAUCCUUUAAUGGCGCCAUAUGGGACUCCAGUCCCGUAUCCUGCUAUGUACCCUCCUGGAAAUAUCUAUGCUCAUCCUAGCAUGGUAGUGGCUCCAAGUGCUAUGCACCAAACUACAGAGUUUGAAGGGAAGGGACCAGAUGGAAAGGAUAAGGAUUCAUCUAAAAAACCGAAGGGCACUUCUGCGAAUACAGGUGCUAAAGCAGGAGAGAGUGGAAAGGCAGGCUCAGGUUCAGGCAAUGAUGGCUUUUCACAAAGUGGUGAAAGUGGUUCAGAGGGUUCAUCAAAUGGUAGUGAUGAGAACCAACAGGAAUCAGCGAGAAACAAGAAGGGAGGUUUUGACCUCAUGCUUGUUAAUGGAGCAAACGUACAGAACAAUAACACUGGACCCAUUUCUCAAUCACCUGUUCCAGGAAAUCCUGUUGUCUCGAUACCUGCUACUAAUCUUAAUAUCGGAAUGGAUUUAUGGAAUGCAUCUCCUGCUAAUGCUGAAGCCACCAAACUGAGACACAAUCAAUCUAGUGCCCCUGGAGCUGGUGAACAAUGGAUGCAACAAGAUGAUCGUGAGCUGAAAAGACAGAAGAGAAAACAGUCUAAUCGAGAGUCAGCUAGGAGGUCAAGACUACGCAAGCAGGCUGAGUGUGAAGAGCUACAAAAGAGGGUUGAGGCGUUGGGAGGUGAGAAUCGAACUCUCAGAGAAGAGCUUCAGAAACUUUCUGAAGAAUGCGAGAAGCUUACAUCUGAAAACAAUUCUAUCAAGGAAGAGUUGGAACGAUUGUGUGGGCCGGAAGUAGUUGCUAAUCUUGAAUGAAACAAACAAAACAGUUCCUCCAUGUCGUCUUUGGUGGCAAUAGCAAAAAUUGAUUGACUCUUGAUUAAGACAAAUCUGUAGCUGGAAUUUUCUAAUGAGUGGAUUGGUCUCUUAAUUGAGAAUAGGAUAUAAUUUUUUUUUUUUUACUUCAUUGUUUUACUAAUUUUAUACCAUUAAUUAAUCUUCAACUGUAAUUGCGCUUAUAAUUUACACGUAAUUUGUACCUAUGUGUGACAGUUAUGUAUUGUAAUGUAGACUACUAAAGUACUUCUGUUUUUUUUUUUUUUUGACAAAACUAAAGUACUUCUGUUUAGAAUUUUGCAAGAUGUUGAGAAUCUAGCUUCAACUUUCCAA